AUGUCUUCAGCAGCUGCCGCAACUCAAAAUGCGGCAACACCUGCUAGUAGUGUAGCUGCUUCAAGAUCAGCUGUCUCUUCCGCAGCAGCAACCUCCUCAGCUGCCGCCUCGACAUCUGCCGUAGCUUCGAGUGCCGCCGCUUCUUCAUUUGCUCCAAGUAGUAGUGCAUCUGCAUCGGCGGCUGGAUCUACGUCUGCCAGUGCAUCUGCGUCCACAUCUGCAGCUGCUGCGUCAUCAUCAAUUUCAGCCUCAGCCUCAGCCUCAUCUUCAAUUUCAGCGUCCUCCUCUUCCUCAAAAACUUCGACCGCCAAUCUCAUUGACGCCACAAGCACUUCCUCGACAUCCAGCAAGAAGGGUUUGAGCGGAGGAGCAAUAGGUGGUAUAGUGGCUGGAGGUAUAGUGGGUUUAUUAGCACUGGCUUUGAUGAUAUGGAUCUGGAAACGGAAAAGAAGGACAAGGGGAGAGAAAGUACCGCCUCCACCGCCGAUGAGACAUGCUCCAGCCUCGAAUAUGUACGGGACUGGGCGAGCUGCGACUGUGGGUGCCGGUGGAAUGAGCCAUCAACGUCAACCAAGCGCUUACUCAUCUUUAAUGGCUCCUCCCCGUCCCUCUUCCACAUUCGCCUCCCACUCCCGAUCACCCUCUUCACACAUCAACUACCCCAUCACCACUAUGGCAACAAUGAAUCACGAUGGUUCACCGCCCAUGCCUCCAUCCACAUCUUCUAAUUCUGGAUCUUCACAUUCCCCUCCCAUGUCAACAGGAACCAAUACUCCCGCGAAUGCUUUACCUUCUCCCGCUCCUGGAGCUAAGCCCACUCUUGCUCCAAUAGACACAUCUCUCUCAAGAGGUGGUUCUGCUUCCAGUGACGAUCUUCGAGGUGGUGCAAUCCGACCGCCCAGGCACGUAAAUUCCAUUGAUCGAUUAAGGGGAGAAGGUAAUGGUUCUGGACCAGGAUCUGAAAGAGCACCUUCACCUGCAUCAUCAAGACAUCCAUCUGAAUCAGGAAUAGAUUAUUCCAGAGGUAACUCACCUCAUACUUCGAUGAUGGGUUUACCUUCUUCACCUGGAAGACAAUCAUACUCCGCACCAAGAUCACCCAGUGGAUAUCCCAGACCUGGAAGUAUGGCUUCAUUAGGUUCAUCAAGGUAUCUGCACGUCGGACCUGCUGGAAGAGCGCCACAUCAAGGUAGACCGAUAAACUUGACGAUGCCUUCCCUGUUAGGUGCCCGACCAGAUGAGAAUGGUGAUUUUUUUGGUCAUUCAGGUAGAUACGAUAGUGGUUAUCAAUUAGGUUUGGAUGAAAUGGGUAGAAUGAGAAAAACAUCAAACAAUACCAAUAGACAAUACAAUGAACAAGAUUAUCAACCUUCACCUAUACAUACAAGAAUACCUUCAAGUCAAUCGUUAUCAAACAGGUCAAGGAACGGGUCAGAUGAGAACAGCGAUGUACCCACAAUACCGGAAGGUGGUGUUCCAAAUAGAUAUCAAAAUCGUACGCCUAGACAAGAAGUAGCAGAUCCUCAUACGGUAUUACAAAGACAACUAUAA